UCGUGACGGGGUGCGCGAGCUGUCCCAUGUUUUUUUCCGUGGAGGAGAGGAACGUACGCGUACAGCGAAAUAUCCCGGGAGUAAAAGUUCCUCCUAUCACGGUUCAGCUAGCGGGACACUGAACCACUGACCAACAGCGGAGCGGCUGGAGAAGGUUUUGUAUGUAAUUGUUUACUCUAUUUCUCAUAAGGGACUCGAACCGGCCUCGCUUCAUCAUCUGUGCCGAGGAUGUACAAGACUGCGCGCAGCUUCGCGUGACUCAAGUUUAUCAGGUGGGAUCCGGAGCUGCGCGUGAUGGAUUGGUGCUGGAGCUGCUACCUUCUCGCGCCAUCGGAGUGCGGAAAGAGAGCGAGCUGACUGGCUCGCGACCCCGCCGACUGAUUCACGAGGCUACAGUAAAAAGUAUCUAAGUUCAAACUUGGAUGUUUUUCCUUCCUUGGGUGGAUCACACGGGUCCCUGCAGCCGUCGUCCGUGUCGAAGAUGAGGGUGAAAUUUCCUGUGAUGUUCCGGCUGCUCGUGCUGCUGCCCAGCGCGUUAUUAACGGAACCGGUUCGCUCCAAUGAAGUGGUUCUGUUGGACACCACAGCUGUUCUGGGGGAGCUCGGAUGGAGGACAUAUCCAGUGAACGGCUGGGAUGCCAUCACUGAGAUGGAUGAGCAGAACCGGCCGAUCCACACCUUCCAGGUGUGCCAGGUGAUGGAGCCGAACCAGAACAACUGGCUGGUGUCCAGCUGGGUCUGGCGGGGCGCGGCGCAGCGCGUCUUUGUGGAGCUGCGCUUCACGCUGCGCGACUGCAACUCCAUCCCCUGGGUGGCGGGAGCCUGCAAGGAGACCUUCAACCUGCUGUACCGAGAGUCGGACACCCCACCAAACCACACUGACCAGCGCCUGCACCCCGCCGACUACGCCAAGGUGGACACCAUUGCGGCCGAUGAGAGCUUCACACAGACGGACCUGGGUGAUCGGGUGCUGCGGCUCAACAUAGAGGUGCGUGAGGUGGGGCCCCUCUCGCGUCGUGGGUUCCAGCUGGCCUUCCAGGACGUGGGCGCCUGCAUCGCGCUGCUGUCCGUGCGCGUCUUCUACAAGAAGUGCCCGUCCACGCGGCGGAACCUGGCGCUUUUCCCGGACACUGUUCCGCAGGUGGCGGCGUCCUCGUCGCUGGUGGAGGUGCCGGGCAGGUGUGUGGCGCACGCUGAAGAGGAGCGGGACGCGCCCAGGCUCUACUGCGGCGCUGACGGGGACUGGCUGGUGCCUCUCGGCCGUUGUGUGUGCAGCAUCGGCUACGAGGAGGACCACGGACUCUGCACGGCCUGCAGUCCUGGUUCCUAUAAGUCGUUUGUGGGGAACAUCAGGUGCUCCAAGUGUCCCACCAACAGCCAAAGUGGCCCUGCCUCCCCCGUGUGCACCUGUGAGAAGGGAUUCUACAGGACACACAGCGAUGCCCCCAGCACUGCCUGCACACGACCGCCCUCUGCCCCGCGAAACCUCCUCUUCAGCAUGAACGACUCGUCCCUGUUCCUGGAGUGGGCGCCCCCUCUGGACAGUGGUGGUCGCCGUGACCUGACCUAUGUGGUGCGGUGCUGGCGCUGUGGAGCAGCAGGGUCAUGUGACCCUUGCGGGGACGCCGUGCAGGGCCUGAGCUCCACCCGCGUCGCUGUGCAGGACUUCCUGUCCCACGGCAACUACAUCUUCCAGGUGGAGGCGCUCAAUGGCGUCUCAGCGCUGGCCAAUCGCAGACCAGCAGCGAGCAACAUCAGCAUCAGCACAGAACACGCCAAGCCAUCUCUGGUGGGAGCCAUCAGGAGAGAGUGGGCCUCUCACACCUCUAUCGCCCUCUCCUGGCAUGAGGUGGAACAGCCCCCAGCCCCCAUCCUGGACUAUGAGAUUAAAUACUAUGAAAAGGAGCGGGAGCAUCAGAGUUACUCUUCCCUUCGUUCUCAGGCGGCGCGUGUCAUCGUGUCGGGCCUGAAGCCGUCCACUCUCUACGUGUUCCACGUCCGCGCUCGCUCCGCCGGUGGACUCAGCAGCUUCAGUCUCAAGGCCGAGUUCUCCACCGCCGCCCAGAGUGCAGAGGUGGUGGGCACGCGGGGCUCAGUGCUGGUCAUGGCGCUGGCUGCAGUGGGCGGCUUCUCCCUGUUGGUCAUCCUCACCCUCUUCCUGCUCAUCACUGGACGCUGUCAGUGGUGGAUCAAAUCAAAGAUGAAGUCAAACGAGCCGAGGAGGACACAUUACCAUAAUGGACAUGUGGUUCCGUUUGCGGGGGUAAAGACAUAUGUGGACCCGGACACAUAUGAGGACCCCACACAGGCUGUGCACGACUUCACCAAGGAGAUCGACCCGGCCCGCAUUCGGAUCGAGAGGGUCAUCGGGGCAGGGGAGUUUGGUGAGGUGUGCAGCGGUCGGUUGCGGUCCCUGGGCAGGAAGGAGACUGCAGUGGCUAUUAAGACGCUGAAGGGCGGCUACACGGAGCGGCAGAGGCGGGACUUCCUGCACGAGGCCAGCACCAUGGGCCAGUUUGAGCACCCCAACAUCAUCCACCUGGAGGGUGUAGUCACCAAGAGCCGGCCUGUGAUGAUAAUUGUGGAGUACAUGCAGAACGGAUCCCUGGACACUUUCCUCAAGAAUCAUGAGGGCCAGUUCACGGUGGUCCAGCUGGUGGUGAUGCUGCGGGGCAUCGCCGCGGGGAUGGCCUACCUGUCCGAGAUGGGCUACGUGCAUCGCGACUUGGCUGCCCGGAACAUCCUGGUGGACAAGGGUCUCGUGUGUAAGGUGUCAGACUUUGGGUUGUCACGCAUGCUGGAGGACGACCCCGAGGGUUCUUACACCUCUAUAGGGGAGAAGAUCCCAAUCCGCUGGACGGCGCCUGAGGCUAUCUCCUACAGGAAGUUUUCCUCGGCCAGUGACGCCUGGAGUUAUGGCAUCGUCAUGUGGGAAGUGAUGUCUUACGGGGAACGCCCCUACUGGGAGAUGUCCAAUCAGGACGUGAUCCUGUCCAUAGAGGAGGGCUACCGGCUGCCGGCCCCACUGCGCUGUCCAGUGGCGCUGCACCAGCUCAUGCUGCACUGCUGGCAGAGUGACCGCAACCUCCGACCGCACUUCUGCGACAUGCUCAGCUUCCUGGACAAACUCAUACGCAAUCCCAGCAGCCUACUCACACUGGUGGAGGAUAUGAAUGGGUUAGCCGAGUCCCCUGGGUCCCCAGACUACCCCUUCUUUAUCUCCAUCGGUGAUUGGCUGGACUCCAUCAAGAUGAGCCAAUACAAGAGCAACUUCAUCGCUGCGGGUUACACAACUCUAGACUCAGUGGCCACCAUGUGCAUAGAGGACGUCAGGAGGAUCGGCGUUACCCUGAUCGGCCACCAGAGGAGGAUAGUGAGCAGCAUCCAGCCUCUACGGUUACAGCUCCUCCAAGCGCAGCACAAUAACUUCCACAUAUGAGAGGGAACACACGCACACACACACACACACACACACACACACACACACACAAAAUAAAACAAAAAGACGGGUGUUUUUAUAUAUAUAUCUUUCUGUUUCUCUCUUUCACUCUCUCCCAUGUCUCUCUUUCUUUCUUCUCUCUGUGCUGUUAAAACUGCCACAAAUCACACAUACAGAAAAACAUUCCUGAUGAUCAGCAUGUGAACUCAACGGACUGGAGUUCAGACACUGCAGAGGUCAUCUCUCCUCACUGGCCACUAGAGGUCACUAGAGAUACCGCAGAGGUCGUCGCUCCUCAUUGGCCACCAGAGGCACUACAUUUAUAGAUUGGACACUAGACGAGCUACAGUGAUCUCGCACAUUGGAUCUAUUUAAUGUACUUGAUGUACUUGUGUGUCUCUGUGCGUGUGUGCGUGCGUGCGUGCGUGUGUGUGUGUGUUUGACCUAUUGUUUACUUUGUAACAACCCUACCCUUAACGACACACCUCAGAUGGGACUCUCAGGAUGUCACUGCAUUGAAGGCCUAGCUACUGCAGGAACUCUUAAAGCCAUGAUGUCAGUCUGUGCAUAGCAACUCUUCUCUCUGUUUCUUGCUCUCUCUCUCUCUUUCACACACACACACACGCACACACACACACACACAGAAUGUCUCUGCAAUUAAGGCUUGGCUACAGAAACUGCAGGAACUCUUAACGCCAUGAUGUCCGUCCACACAAAGCUACUCACCCUCACACACAACCACACAUGCACACACACUCAUGCACACCCACACCCAUACAUGAAUGCACAAACAGAGUAAACACACACAUAGCUUGCACACGCAGACACAUGCAAAUGCAAGCAACCUUAUGCAUACACUCACACUAAUAUGUAAAAUAACCCAACCGUCUAGAUAUGGGUAUAUGCAGUCUUGUCAUAAAUUACUUUUCUAAUACCAAUCAGAUGUGGUCUGCUCUGCCCCCCCCCUCUCUCUCUCUCUCUCCUCUCUCUCUCUGUCUUUAAGCUUAUCCAUACCUCUUAGCUGCAUCAGGGCAGCCUUUUUGGACAGUGAGAGCACUCAGUAUAUUUCACAGCGUGUGUUGUUUUUACCAGGACAAAGCCUUCACAACCAGUGCAGUGUUUAGCAGGAAAAUCAGGUCGGCACUCAUGUACAAUGGUAUCUUGUUUUUCUAUGAUUUUAAUGGGAGUCUGUAAUGGUCGCGUAGACCAAAUGAUUGCUUACUAAAUAAAAGCCGUGGUUGUGGAGUACA